AUCCCAAUUAUCGCACGGCUAUCCAUUCUCAUUCAAAUCGGCCGGCAACGUCGCCUUUCGCGCUUUGUUUCUGUAAUGCGACAUUGCCAAUCUUUGGCAAAACUGCCCCACCGCUGUGGCUUUCGAGCAAUCUCGACUUUCGGAUCACGCGAUGUAUCAUGCAUCGUUUUCGCAUUUCCUGGCCAUCUCUGCGCCCAUUCCUGAGCGACACGGCACAAGAACGCGAAGCUGGUUCGAGCGUUCCUCUGGCCAGCCGUUAUGUCUGAGCCCAGACCCUUUCAGUGCCACACUUUGUUCACUCAUUGCGUGUUCACUACGCGACCAUGUCAAUUUCAUGUUGCACAUCCACCACAGGCUCAAGUCCUUUCUUGCUAACUCGAUUUCCAGUAUCAGGUAUCGUCCGCCUUGAUGGUUCACGCAUUUCAGUCGCAUUAAGCUCUCGAGCCUUCUCAAACACGCGCGGCUUCUGUGUCUGGUUGCUGCGGAUGGCCGUCAUGGCAACUGAACAACCUCAGACUGUGCCUGCAGAGCCCAAGUCGACUGUCAUUGGCACCGCAGAGGACAAGAUGGUUGUCGACUCAGCGGCGCCCACUUCCGUGAACGGGCACAGUACACCCGUCGCAUCUGAUUCUGCGCACAAGGCAUCUGCUACCAAUGGCGAUGCUUCCGAGCCUGCCGAGGACGCUGCCAAGGCGCAUAACGCGGCAUCCUUCAAAGCCAACUCGGAUUUGUCCGCUCGAACAGACAAGGAUGCCCAAGACCCACAGCCGACUGUCAAUGGUGCUGAAGACAGUGACAUGCCCGAUGUCGACGGACAAGCUUCAGACAAGAAGGACGCGCCAUCCACAGAUGCCGCUGUGUCAAAAGACUCGGGACUCCCCAAGUCGCCGUCCUCUCCCAAGCCUCGGGAAACGGCCGCUGCAGCUGACUCGAUGGAUGUUGAUUCUUCGACGGACCGCGCAGAUGUCGCUACCAGCGCAGAGCAUGCGGAAAGCACGCAGGACACGUCCGCAAUGAGCGAUGUGCCGUUGGUAGAGUCGCCUCGUGAAGUGCCACAGGACAAGACUGAUGACGUCAAGCCCACGGCAGAUACUCCAAAGGAGUCUGAACAAAGCAAGGUCGAUGUGAGCAUGAAGGACAGCUCUGUUUCUCCGGGUGCAAAGGUGGCGCGCGAGCGUGAGGAGGAUUCCGCCGAUGAACCAGCGGCCAAGCGAGCGAGAACUGAGGAACCCACCGAGAUCACUGCCGACUCGCUAACGGUCGCUACGGGCACGCCGGGCGCAUCGCACGAACGGACAGAGCCUGCUGACGACGGGGAGACCGACGCCCGCGAGAUCACCUCGUUCCAGAACAAGCAGAUUCGCGGGAUUAUCGCGGGAAUCAAAAAGACCAAGAACGGAGGCAACUUCCGCAAGUCGGUCCGUGACCUCUGGCCUGGCUUAUGGAAUGACUACUCUCAAAAGGUCGAAAAUCCCGUGGACCUGUCGCUGUUUGAGUCGAAGCUGCGUGACAACAGCUACGCGAAUUACGGCGAGUUGAAGCAAGAUGUGCGACUGCUCUACCAGAACUGUGUGCUUUUCAAUGGCGAGAACCACAUCGUGACCAACGCCGCCGCCAUUGUUAGAGAUCAGAUUUUUUCGAAACUUCCAGAGAUCUCAUUGCUAUCAGAACCUGUACGAGCCGAGAAGAGCAAAGCCCAGCCAUCGCGCCUCGCAGAAUCCCGCGCCGCCACCCAGCCACGGCGUCAAUCUCAGCCUCAAUCGCGAGUUGCUACGAGCCCGAAGCCCAAAGCGGACGUUGCCUCACAUGCGACGCCCUCCAGCGCGACAUCGACCAGUGCACCUGCCUUCGCUAUCCCGCCGAAUGGCGUUCCCCAAAUUCGGCGCGACUCGACAAGAGACGAUGGAGACCGGCCGAAGCGGCCGAUUCACCCUCCGAAGAACCGCGAUCUUGAUUACGCUGGCAAGGGUGCGCGCAAGAAGAAGCUUGACCCUGAGCAGAAGUUCUUCGCGGAGGUCUUGGCUGAGAUCAAGAAGGGCAAGCACUUUGCGCUGAAUCAGUGGUUCAUGGAACCAGUAGAUCCUGUCGCGUUCAAUAUCCCCACCUAUUUCAGCAUUGUUAAGAAGCCGAUGGACCUCAGAACAAUGACUGAGCGCAACGAGGACGGCCAAUACAAGACCGCCAAGGAUGUUGAGAAGGACAUGCGUCAGAUCAUCACGAAUUCCGAGCUGUUCAAUGGUCCUGACCAUGACGUUACAAAGAUUGGAAAACAGCUGGAGACGCUGCUCAAGUCCGAGCUCGCCAAGAAGGAUUCUUGGAUGGCCAAGAACUACCCGCCUGAGCCGGCAAACUCCCAUGGUAACGGCAGUCCCGAUCGCAGUGCCGAUGAGUCCGAGGAUGAGAGUGAGGCCGAGCCGGAGGAAGAGGACAACGAAACGAUCCGGAACCUGCAGAGCCGGCUCAAGGAGGAGCAGGAUAAGCUCAACACCCUCAUUGGGUCAAAACGACCAGACCUAUCAAUGAUAGAGAUCCAACAGUCCAUGGUCUCGAUGAUUCAACGCAAGCUCGUCGAGGAGAAGACCAAGUUCCACAGCGAGAAGAAGCCGACCAAGAAGAAGGGUGGCGCCAGCAAGAGUAAGGCCAAGGCCAGUGCUGGAGGUUCGUCCAACAAGAAGGGCGCCGCGGGUGGUGCUGCAUCGAAGAAGGCCGGGGCCGCCAAGAAGGCGGCUCCCCGGAAGAGGUCGAUUGGGCCGCUCGAGAAAGCUAUUAUCGCCGAGGGCAUCAACGAGCUUGACGGCAACACCCUGACCAGAGCUGUCGAGAUUAUCAAGCGCGACACUGGUCAAAACGUGGGUUUUUGACCUCCCUAUGAGGAUCUGCCUCUUGCCACAUGAAGUGUAACUGACAAUGAUACAACAGGAAA